AUGACUGGCUUCUUACUUGCUCGAGGAAUACGACUUCAGCAAAGUAGGAUACGGUCUGCUAUGCAACGAGUCAACCCCGAGGGCUGUCUCUUGAGAUCACUGGAGUUGAACGUAUUGCACCGCCGCAGUUACCAGGUGUACGGACCCUUGGCACUGUGGCACUUAGACGGAAACCACAAAUUAAUAAGGUAAUGUACAAAGUGUUUAGAGAAUGCUAUUAUACCUUGCGAUAGCUCAAAAUUAAAAACAAACUCGAUGUCCCUAAAAAAAAAAGUAAAUAAGUUUAAGUAUUAAAACUUUCCUAUGCUGCAUGUAUACUCCCCAGAUGGAGAAUUGUCAUUCACGGCGGCAUUGAUGGAUACUCCAGAAUGAUUGUUUUUCUUCAAGCUGCCACCAACAACAAAGCCUUGACUGUUUUUCAGUGGUUCCAGUCAGCAGUGCAAACUUACGGCCUUCCAUCACGUGUAAGGACGGACAAAGGUGGCGAGAAUGUGGAAGUAGCAUGGUUCAUGUUAAACCAUCCUUUGCGUGGCCCAAAUCGUGGCAGCCACAUAACGGGAAGAAGUGUGCAUAACCAACGAAUCGAGCGUUUGUGGAGGGAUGUGUUCUUGGGUUGUACAUACCUGUUUUACUAUCUGUUUUAUUAUAUGGAGAACUGUGGUAUUCUAGACCCUGAUAAUGAAGUUCACCUAUUUGCCUUGCAUUAUGUCUACUUACCACGAAUACAAAGAAAUUUGGAUCUGUUUACUGCUGGUCACAACAGGGGCCCACUGAGCACGGAGCACAACGCCUCACCUGAGCAGUUGUUUAUUCAAGGCAUGUUAUCAGUAGCAAACAGUGAGCAGAGAACAGCAGUUGAAUUCGCUAAUCAGGUAAAACUAUUUCUCUUUCGCAAAAUGUUUCAGGUUAUGUUUGGUAGGGAACAAAUAUUAGGUACUUUUGUUGUUGUUUUGGCAAAAAUGUUGUCUAAACAUUCCCUCCAUAGUUAUAGGUAGUACGUGAAGGCUACAACACAGUCACGUCACCACUUCACGUAGUAUUAUUGUUGUUUUAUUGUUGUUUUUAUUCAUGUCGUUAAUUUUCAGAGUGAAAUUGAUGCAUAUGGCAUUGAUCUGGAUGGACCUGCACCUUCCGAGGAAUGGGACGGUCCAAUUAAUGAUGAUGUAGGAACUGUUGAAGUGCCUUCUACAGAAUGUCCACUAGUAAACGAAACAUGGCAAUUACUAUCAGCUACUAUUGGUCCAUUGAGCAUCUCAGAUGUCCAUGGCGUGGACAUAUACCUGGAAACAAUCACGCUCAUUCAAAACAUGAUAUAGUGUUGAUGUGCUUAAACGUAAGGUGUUCAACAGCUUUCUUUCCUACUUUUAUUCGCUAAACUGAACAACUCACUAAAAGAGGUUUUGCACGGCGGUCAUGUUGCAUGGCAGGGACAAUGAAAAUGUUUUGCAUUACAAAGAACAAUUUUCCCCAUAGGAAAAAGAAUCUAUUGUUCCUGCCAUACAACAUGGCUGCCGUGCAAAACCUCUAUAGCCAACAGAUUCCUAAUCAAAAUCAUUAGGGUCAAGCUACAACUCAACUUUUAAUUAAAUCAUGUGAUCGUCAUGUUGCUACAAAUAUUGCUUGAAACAUUUUUGAGAUAGCAUGCAAAAUAUGCAUGGGUGAAAAAACAACAGUAACAGAACAGUGACAGAGGUGUAACUUCAAUAAAAAA